CCGGAAAUCGGUCUGGGUCCUCGCGCGCCGGCGGUUGUCCUGGUAACCGUGCCCUCAGUCGGGGAGCGUUUGUGCGCCUUGUUGGGGGACGGGAAGGCUCCAGGGUGAGGACCGCGCCCCAACUCCCGGCCAGAUCAGCUGGGGCCUCAGCUGGGAGCCCUCCCUCGGCUGCCCUGGAGGAGGACAGGUGAAAAGAAGAGCUGGGAGAUGCAGUGAGCUGAGCUUGGAAGGAUGGGCGAGGAGGAGGGACUGCCAACCGCUGCGAUGCCCUCCGCCCCCGUAUCGGUGUUGGCGAAGUAACGGACACAUAAAUGCGCAGACGGUUCCACAUAUAAGUGAAGUCACAUGGCAUUUGUCUUUGUCUGUCUGACUUACUUCACUUAGCAUAAUACCCUGAGUCCAUCCAUGUUUUCAUAAAUGAUUCCGUGAGCUGGGCCCAAGGACUCCCCAGUCACCCCGACACACCAUCCAACAUCUACGAAGGAGGGCUGGGGGCCCAGCAGCAGCAGUGUCCCAGUGCCCAGGGAAGCAAGCCCAAGAACUUCCGGCUGCGCCAUCUCCGGGGCCUGGCACUCUACCUACCAGGCCACAUGCAGCCUGCUGGCCAGUGUGAGAGUCACUGGCUGGGCCGGCUCAUGGCUGGGGGCUGCCUCCCAUGGCCUGAGGGCAUGGCCUGGCCCCUGGACCUGCCACAGGGGACUCUGAACCCAGGUAACAGCCACCGUUCAGCCCUUCUGAAAGCUCAACUGCCCAGGGACAGCCUGGGAAAUACAGCAUCCAGUACCAGCAUGGAUCCAGCCAAGGGUGCCCCCUCCCAGCCUGGUACCCAUGAAGGCUUGGGGUUCCGGCCCAAGAGAUCCUGGGAGGCCUCAGAGGAGCCCACCUGUCCACUGUGCAAGAGAAUCUGCUCUGGGGCUCUGGAGAGGCCGUAGGGAUCCGAGCGGUUUUCACAGCUCAGGACAGGAGGGGAAAGAUGACCCAGGAGGUGGCGGAGGAGGCAGGUCCAGAGAGGAAGGGCUCAGCCCCACCACUAGCCCCCUCCAGAUGGAGACACCUGCAGAUGCCCAGCACCAGAGCCUGGGCCAACCUUGGGAAAACUCGAGGGGAGGAAGAGGAGGUCCUGAGGGAGGGACAGAAAAAAAUAGAAGCCUGGGCAUGCCCUUGCAGCCUGCUCCAACUCAAGUAAACCACUUGUACCUGGGAGGCCGGGCUGAGUGGAGAGAGGGGCUCCCAAAGAGACUGGGGAGCCUGCUGGUCUAAUCUCAAUAAAAGCCAAAGCCCACAUG